AUGGAUGUCAACCAAGUGCUUCAGAACACAUUCUCUCCAGACGCGACUGCCCGCCAGAAUGCUGAACAGCAACUGAAUCAGGCGGCGGAGGGCAAUUUCUCCACCUACUUGACGACACUUGCGAAAGAGCUAGCAAAUGAGGAUGCUCAGUCGGCCAUUCGCCAGGCUGCGGGUAUCGCCCUGAAAAAUGCCUUCUCAGCACGAGACUACACCCGACUGAAGGACACACAGUCACGAUGGCUUCAGUCGGUCGAUGCGGCGACAAAGAGUUCGGUGCGUCAACUUGCACUGCAAACACUGAAAUCAAAAGACGGAAGAGCUGGCCAGGCCUCUGCUCAAUUUAUUUCGGCAAUUGCUGCGAUCGAUAUCCCACGAAAUCAGUGGCAGGAAUUGAUGCCAGCGCUCGUGGAGAAUGUUGGAGAAGGCGAAGACUAUUUGAAGCAGGCAUCUUUACACACUAUUGGAUUUAUUUGCGAGAGUGAAGAUCAGGAUCUCCGCGAUAGCCUCGUUCAGCACUCAAAUGCCAUUCUCACAGCCGUCGUUCAGGGCGCUCGGAAAGAGGAGACUAACAAUGACGUCCGCCUAGCUGCGGUGAACUCCCUAUCAGAUUGUCUGGAAUUUGUCCGUACAAAUUUUGAAAAUGAAGGAGAGAGGAACUAUAUAAUGCAAGUUAUCUGUGAGGCAACACAGACAGGUGAUGUCCGCGUCGAGGCUGGUGCAUACGGAUGCUUGAAUAGAAUUAUGGGGCUCUACUACGACAAAAUGAAGUUCUACAUGGAGAAGGCCUUAUUUGGCCUGACUAUUAUGGGAAUGAAGAAUCCAGAAGAAGACGUGGCCAAGCUGGCCAUCGAAUUUUGGUGCACCGUCUGCGAGGAAGAGUUGUCUAUUGAAGACGAUAAUGCUAUGGCGUCAGCGGAUGGUACUGAACUAAGACCAUUCUUCAACUUUGCACGGAUAGCGGCACGUGAAGUGGUACCAGUUCUUCUUCAGCUACUCACACAACAGGAUGAGGACGCUGCCGAUGAGGACUAUAAUGUCUCAAGAGCAGCUUAUCAGUGCUUGCAGCUUUUCGCUCAGACUGUAGGAGGUGAGCUUGUGCAAACAGUGUUGGGUUUCGUGGAACUUAAUCUCAGGCACUCUGACUGGCAUAUGCGAGAUGCUGCAGUAUCGGCGUUCGGGGCCAUAAUGGAGGGCCCCGAUGAAAAAAUGCUGCAGCCACUAAUCAAGCAAGGGUUGCCCGUACUUAUUGGCAUGAUGGAAGAUCCUGUAAUACAAGUCAAAGACUCCGCAGCAUUUGCCCUCGGUCGCAUCUGCGAGAACGUUUCGGAGUCCAUUGAUGCAACAGAGCAUCUUCGACCGCUCAUCAGCGCCCUUUUUGCUGGCUUAUCGAGCAGUCCGAAGAUGGCUGGCUCCUGUUGCUGGGCAUUGAUGAACCUGGCGGAGCGAUUCGCUGGUGAGCCUGGUGCGCAGGAGAAUCCACUCUCACCUCAUUUCUCAGACAGUAUUUCGACGCUGCUUUCAGUUACGGAAGGGUCUGAUACCGAUAACCAGCUCCGCAUGGCUGCGUACGAGGUUCUGAACGCCUUCAUCACUAAUUCUGCUAAUGACAGUCUGCCUACUGUUGCUAAGACAGCAGACGUCAUUCUGAAGCGACUUGAAGACACUAUCCCAAUGCAGCAACAGAUUGUCAGUGUUGAGGAUCGCAUCACCCUUGAAGAGAUCCAGACGAGCCUAGCGUCUGUGCUUCUAGCCGUAAUCCAGAGACUUGAGGGAGAAGUCAAGCCAGCCGCAGACCGUAUCAUGAACGUACUACUACAGAUAUUGAAUUCAGUAGGUGCAAAAUCUAGCGUCCCGGAUACCGUAUUUGCAGCGGUGGGUGCCUUGGCAAACGCACUUGAGGAGGAUUUUGGCAAGUAUAUGGAGUCUUUCACGCCUUUCCUGUACAAUGCUCUCGGGAAUCGGGAAGAGCCUGGUCUCUGCGCCAUGGCAAUCGGGUUGGUCAGCGACGUUGUGCGCUCACUCGGAGAGAUGUCACAGCCAUAUUGCGAUACCUUCAUGAAUUAUCUGCUGAGCAAUCUGAAUGACAAAUCUGUCAGCAACCAAUUCCGACCUGCUAUUCUUCAGACAUUUGGCGAUAUUGCUCAGGCAAUCGGGCCUCACUUUGAGACUUAUCUAUCUGUCGUGGGCCAAGUAUUGCAAGCCGCCGCAAACGUAACAACGAAUGAGAGCCAAGGAUUUGAAAUGCUAGACUACGUAAUAUCAUUGAGAGAGGGCAUUAUGGAUGCUUGGUCAGGAACUAUCCUAGCAAUGAAGCAGACUAAACCGCACCUGUUGACCCAAUACGUUGAGCCAAUUUUCACUGUCUUAAACGUGAUCGCUCGCGAUUUGAACCGAAGCGAAGCUCUUCUACGAUCCGCCAUGGGCGUCAUCGGUGAUCUUGCCGACACAUUUCCCAAUGGCGACUACGCCAAUCUAUUCCAGCAGGACUGGGUCACUGCCCUCAUCAAAGAUGUCAAGACUAACCGUGACUUUCAACCUCGUUCGAUCGAGACUGCACGUUGGGCCCGGGAGCAAGUAAAACGACAAAUCGUAACCGUACAGGGUGGUCAAACAAUGUCGUGA